GACAACUAGUAAAUGUAAUAGAUAUUUAGAACAUAUUUAUUAGAAGUAAACUUCAUGUGUAUCUUACUGUCACGUGAUUUACGUCAAGUAAAUAUUAUAUAAUUAAGUAUUGCUGAAACUUGGGAGAUGGUCUGGAACUUCGACGCUUGUAAAAUACAUAAUUUAUUUUAACGUUACUUGAUUUGAAAGUUCGUGGCUACGUAUUCAGGCGCGCAGGGCGGCCUGGGUACAAGGUUACGUAUUCGUAGCCUCGUACAAACGUGCCACAUUGCAACUCGUAUGUAGGUCACACCCUCAGCAACUGAAUAAAUAAUUGUUUCCCAGAGCCAAUCCAAAGUUGGAAGACAAAGUAUUUGCACAUGUCGAAUAGUGUUAUAAGAGUAAUAGCCCAGUUUCUUCCUAGUUAUGGUGGUGAUUUUGGCAAACACAAGACUUGACUCUGUGGCAUGGGCGGUGUCUUUCAAACGAUAACAUCGAGAACUCGUUGUAAAUCGUUGGACCAGCGCGAAACUCAGCGAAAGUAUAGUUCAGGUACAGUCUAACGCUUUUGAUGUUUCGAAACCUAUGUAGUUGUUGAUGCGAGGUUCUUCUGCGCAAUCGUUUGUGCGUCAAAUCAGGCAUAGAACAUAGAUGCCGAUUGUUCACAAAACUGGUCAUACUAGUGCUAUAUGUGUUAGUAAACGUAUUACAAAACGUUUUCCAAUUUUCUUUUUGCGAAUUCUGAGUAUACGGGGUAAUUCUCCGGAAGUCAAGGUCAAUACGAAAUUAAUUAAUGCAUUCAUUACAUUACUCAUUUUACUGCAAUUCUUGUAUUGUUUGGCUAUCGAACUUCGAAACACGCGUCCACUGGAGAGACACCGCAUCGACUUAUGUUUGGCAGAAAGGCACGUCUACCUAUAGACGUGGAGCUACAGAAUCCUCUUCCACAACAUCAACCAACGACUGAUUUUAAGCAAGCAGUUGAGAAACAAUUACAGAUAACAAGAGAAUUUGCAGACAAUGAGAUAGUGCAAGCUCAACACAGACAAAAAAAGAACUAUGACGACCGUAGCCGUGGUCGUGUGUACAAGGUAGAUGAUUACGUUUGGCUGUAUUACCCAGCAGUACCUAAAGGAUUAUCUCCAAAGCUUGCUAAGCGAUACAGUGAACCAUUCAAAAUUAUAAAGGUUCAUUGUAGCACCAAUGUCUCUAUCAGACGACCUAAAGGAGGACGUGUUCAGCGAAUUCAUGUCAACAGAGUGAGUCCAUGUUACCGAAGAAUGCCAAGCCAGACUCCAGAAUGUUCUACAAGAAAUAACCAUGCAACCGGACGAGCUUCUCAUGAUCAACGUCAUCCGUCAUCUACAUCGCCCGAGGUGGACAUCCAUCAUCACAUCGACAAGGAGGAAGCAGUCUUGAUAAGAGCCAACGGCAAUGCAGUUAAAGUUCAACCUGUUCAAAUCCCUCCAGCACAACCGAUGGUUCCACCUGCACCUCCGACUUAUUCAGCCUGCCUGGAUGAGAGCCGGGGAUUACAACGUUGGAUAUUAUUGACUCAAGUGUUGUGAUCGAUCUACCUGUUCGUCGUACUGAUCUUAGAAGACGUGAUAACCCGUUUCAUUACUAGAGAGGGAGGAAUGUAGCCCGAGUAAUUAAUUCGAUGCAUGUUUACGUUAGCACUGCGUUAUAGCACGUUAGUAUGACAUCAUGACUGUUGCCUAUUUAGACCAUUACACUUGCUGGAUUAUUUAGUCUGCAUUGAGUACAGCUACACGUUAUAGCAAUAGAAUAGAGUUGCUCUACUGCUGUGU